AUGGCCUCUGCAGCCACCGCCUUCGGGCGGCCGCUGCCGCCGGCCGCCCCCGUCGUCCACGUGCUGUCGGACUCCGACGACGGCGCCCCGGAGCUGCCGGCCUCGAGCGCCGCCGCGGCCCCCUGCCGAGCGGCCCAGCUGCUGGUCGGCAUGGGCUUCGCCGCGGGCGCGGCCGCGCAGGCGGCGGGCGCCGCCAGGGCCAGGCUCGGAGGCGGUGCCGACAGCGCCCUCGUCGUGGCCGCCGCGCUGGACGCGCUCCAGGCGCAGCGCCGCUCGCCGCAGCGGCCGGGCGCAGCCUCGCCGCGCGGCAAGCGCGCGGCCUCGCCGGGCCCCAGGGGCCCGCCGCCUGGGCGAAGCCCGCGCGGGCCGGGCGGGCUCUGCCGGGCCGCCGCGCAGCAGGUCCUCCCCCCCGGCCUAGUGGAGCGCGUCAGGCCGGCAUUCGAGUCGCGGGGCAGCAGGGACCAGCCGUGGGUCCACGUCAGGAACGUCGACGGCCGCGAGGGCAGGCUCGUCGCCAGCCUGGUGUUCCAGGCGUUGCAGGGCGCGCUCGGCGAGGGUUUCUGCGCCCGCCUGAAGCGGAGGCGACGGACGCGGGACGGCAUCAUUUCGGACCACAGGCAUCCAGAGUGGCACACCAGCCCGAGGCUCUCUGUGCUGCAGGACCUGGCCUCGCAGCUGCUUGCCUACCUCUCCGCGCCGCCCGCCGAGGGCUCCGCUCCGGCUGUGCCGAGGGGCGUUCUGAGCCGGCUGCGCGAGCCGCGGCGGCAGUGGAACGACACGGAGGUGCUGAUCUACAACCCGGGGUGCAGGGUCAAGAGGCACCACGACGCGCAGCCCCCGGGCUCGCUGCUGCUCGUGUUCUCCGCGGGCCUGUCUGGCAGCGGCCACGCCUGGCCCCACGGCCAGCUGGUGGAGAGCGUCAUGCAGAGCGGAGACGUCGUCAUCAUGGACGGGAAGCGCACGGAGCACGCGAUCCCAGAUGUGCUCGAGGGGACAAGCCCUUUCCGGCCUGACGAGUGGUUGGGCAACCGCCGCUUGGCAGUGCUGGUCCGUGAGGCGCCUCCGUGA